CGCAUACACGCACAUCCACACCGCCAUGACGCGCUACAUGAGCGCCAAGUCCUACCACCCGAACAGCAUGGCCAAUCGCCGCCGUGUCUGGGAGGCCGAGCAACGAGCAGCCGACGAUGAACGGCGCCGCCGCGAUCGGGAGCGCCAGCUGCGCGACGAACGAAGCGCCGCAGCCACCGGACCGCGCUCCUCGGUGGAUUUCCUCUAUUCCCGCGAGGACCGAGCUCGACAGCAGGAGGCGGUGGGAUUUGUACCCGCCUCAUCGGCGUCGGGGAGGGGACGCCCUCGCUCGCCGGGCCCGGCAAAUCGGGCCGCGGCUGAUGCCCCCGGCGGUAGGCACCACCGCCGGUCCGGCUUCGAAGCCGGCGAAGACCCCGGCCUCGACUUUGCCAAUGGCGAUGAUGCUGAUGAUGAUGACGACGACACCGAGGGGUCUGGCCUGGCCCGGGCACACGUCCGCCACCGGGGCCAGCGCCCCGACCGUCGUGCGCCAGGCCCCGAGGCCGCCUCGGACACCGGGGCCGUCGUCCCGCCGGACGGGCCCGGGCACUAUGAUGACUACACGGCGUCUCUGACACGAUACAUCCGCCGGCCAGCCGGGCGUACGGCCCCGGCGGCCCGGCUGCCGGCUGCGGCCGUCCAGCUCGAGCCCGAGCCCGAGCCCGAGCCCGACAAGUCGCUGACGGCUCGUGCGCCUGGCUCACGCCCAUACUUCCGCCAUGGGGCCCGGGAUGAGGACCGCGCCCAGGCGGCCGCCGCGCGAUACCUCCACCGCGAGGACCCCUUUGCGGCCGGGAGCGCUCUCGAUUCGGCACCCGGCCCCGGGCUGAGCAAUGUCUCGGAUGAUGUGCUUCUCCAGGCGGCUCUCCUGCUGGAAGCGCGCCCGGAGGACAUGGUGACGACGCCCGGCGGCCCGGGGAUGCCCGGGGCCACGGGGGCUGGCGCGGCACCUGGGCGCAGCCUGGGCGGGGGGCUCCGUCUGCGUCCUUCGGCCACGGCCAUUGUCGCGCCGUAUGCAGCACCACAUGGCCGCGCGCCGGCCGCCGCCUCGGCCCCAAGUCCGGGCCCGGCCUCGGCUGCGCGGCCUACGGUGGCCCUCGGGCCGGAGUCUGGCGAGACCGAGCGCGCGGCCGCGGCCCGGGCCCUGUACCUUCGCCGGGCGGUGGAGACCGGCGAUCCGCACAUCCGAUGGCUCGGGCAGCUGUCGCUCCAGCAGCGCCGGAACCUCUGGCGCGCUAUCCAGAUCCAGCGGGCAGCCGGGCGUCGGGCGCACUGA